AAAACGUUUGUUUGGCAUAAGUUCUUAACAUUUUAUUGUCUGAGAAAAAAAACACAUUUAAAUCAAAUAUCGAGGUGGGAAAAAAUGUUAGGACUACAAAAUUACGGCAGUUCAUCCGAAGGAGAACAUUCAGAUAAUGAAGAAUCUAAGGAAAAGCCCGUCAAGACACAAGAGAAAGCAACACCAGAUUACCUGAAACCUAUCGAUCCUAAACUAUCAGUGGCCAAAUCUUUGGCAAUUUGUGCAGCUCCCGAAGUAGUGCCCAUGGGUACGGUAGCAGUGCAACGAACAAUUGAUCCAACACUUAAAGAAAUAACCUACAAUCCGAAAUAUGAGGAACUGUAUGCACCAGUAAAGGGUCCCGAAAAUCCUGAUCAAACUCAACAAAUGAAAGCUCCGCGUAAUACAUUGGCCGGUUAUGUGGAAAAGGCUCACAUCAAUGCCUUUGAAUUUGAAAAUCAGCGAAGAACUUUUCAUACCUACGGUUAUGCUUUAGAUCCCACUGUAGAUGAAGUGGCCGAUGGUCGUUCGUUUGUGGGAGAUUUACAGUCCGCCUAUGAUGAUGAUGGCAAGACAGUGUUUGAGGCACCCAAGCCCAAAAAGAAAAGAAAACAAGAGAAGAAUGAUAAUCCUCAAGACAUAGAAGGAUUCCUGGGACCAUGGGGUAAAUAUGAAAAUGAAGAGAGCAUAGCCAAACCCAAUGAACAGGAGAAGGCCGAAUUGGAGGAGAUUCUGGCUAAACGGCAUAGACGCAAUAGAAUACCAGAGGAUAAGCCAUUGGAGGAGAAAUCCAUACUACACAUCAAAGAUGCCUAUGACUAUCAAGGCCGCUCAUAUCUACAUGCCCCUCAUGAUUUGGAUGUUAAUCUAAGAACAAAUGCCCCACCUACCAAAUGUUAUUUACCCAAAGCCCAUAUACACUCCUGGACUGGUCAUACCAAAGGCAUAUCGGCCAUACGUUGGUUUCCCAAAACUGCCCACUUACUGUUAUCCGGAUCCAUGGAUUGUCGUGUUAAACUGUGGGAAGUCUAUGGUGAACGUCGCUGUAUACGAACUUUUAAUGGACAUAGGCAAGCUAUUAAAGAUGUUGCCUGGAAUAAUCGUGGUACACAGUUUCUAUCAGCUUCCUAUGAUCGUUACAUAAAACUAUGGGAUGCUGAGACGGGAGAUGUGGUUUCACGAUUCACCGCCAGAAAAAUGCCCUUCUGUGUUAAAUUUCAUCCCGACAACUCAAAGCAACAUUUGUUUGUGGCUGGCACAUCGGAUAAGAAAAUUAUUUGUUGGGAUACCCGAAGCGGUGACAUCGUUCAGGAAUACGAUCGACAUUUGGGUGCUGUAAAUACCAUUACAUUCGUUGAUGAAAAUCGCCGUUUUGUCACUACCUCAGACGAUAAGUCAAUGCGCAUUUGGGAAUGGGACAUUCCCGUCGAUAUGAAGUACAUAGCUGAUCCGACCAUGCAUUCCAUGCCUGCUGUGACACUUGCACCAAAUGGCAAAUGGUUGGCAUGCCAAAGUUUGGAUAAUAAAAUUGUCAUCUUUUCUGCUUUGAAUCGUUUCAAAAUGAAUCGCAAGAAAUCUUUUAGUGGUCACAUGGUAUCCGGUUAUGCCUGCCAAUUGGAUUUCUCACCAGAUAUGAGUUAUUUGGUAUCCGGAGAUGGUGAUGGUAAAUGUUAUAUAUGGGAUUGGAAAACCUCAAAAAUGUAUAAGAAAUGGCAAGCGCAUGAAGGUGUGUGCAUCAGCACACUGUGGCAUCCGCAUGAAGCGAGUAAAGUGGUAACAGCUGGUUGGGAUGGAUUGAUCAAAUUUUGGGACUGAACUACAUACACGGUUUGUUUUUGGAGUAUUUCUUUUUUAAAUAGCUAUGAUUUUUUAUAUAUAUAAAUGUACCUCUAUAUUUAACGUUAUAUUUAAAUAAUAAGGAUAUAGGAAAUCCAAAAAAUAACCGUUUAACAAUUUUUCU